ACUUACAUCAAAUCAUAGUAUUACAAAUAUACAAAACAGCAUGAAGUUAUUAAUUGUACUCGCUUUAGCAGUAGCCACCGUUAGUGCGGGCAGUGUUGAUUUUAUUCCUCAACCUGGAUUCCCAGAGGGUCGGAUCAUUAAUGGCCAAGAAGCAGCCAAAGGUGAAGCUCCUUUUAUUGUUUCUUUAAAAAGCGCUUCACACUUCUGCGGUGGCAGUAUUAUUGACGAACACUGGGUAUUGACCGCUGCUCAUUGUUUGAUAUACAAUAAUUUCCAAGUUGUUGCUGGUUUACAUCAACGUAACGAUGAAUCUGACGUUCAAAUUCGUCAAGUUUCAGGCAAGUCUCACCAAUUCGUACAUGAAAAAUAUGGCGGCGGUGUUGGACCCAACGAUAUUGGUCUUAUCUACAUUGCUGAACCAUUCGACUUGAAUGCUUUAGCUCGUGACGGUUCUGCUCCUGUUGCGAAGAUUAACUUGCCUUCAGGCAAAUAUGAACAAACCGGCAAGGGAAAAUUAUACGGUUGGGGUCGUGACAACUAUGGUAUUUUGCCUAACACUUUGCAAACUUUAGAUGCUGACAUCAUUGGUUAUACUCAAUGUAAAUCUGCUUUGCCUAGCUCUGCUCCCAUCGAUCCUGUUAACAUUUGCUCUUACACUGCUGGCACCACCGAUGGCGCUUGCAAUGGUGACUCUGGCGGUCCCUUGGUACGUCACACUGCUUCUGGUGCUGAAAUUGUUGGUAUUGUUUCAUGGGGUUAUACUCCAUGUGCCACAACAAAAUAUCCAUCGGUAUACACCAUGACCUCGGCCUUCAACGAUUGGAUUCAAAAUACUAUUGAUAAUUUCAAUGCCGAUAAUGUUGACAUGUCAAAAUAAGUAUUUAAAUAUUAUGAUGAUAAUUCAAACUAAGCUUUAUAAAACAAAA